CAUAUUUUUGGGUCAGCUUACAGCAGCAAACCCACACGUUGUGAGCACUUAACUGGAAGAAUCCAAUUACAACCUACCCCACUGCUCUAACACCACCAAUACAGUUCAGACGGUCUCAACAGCACUGCCAGGAUCAUCUCGCAUCAGCUACACCCUGGUCCAUCUUUCUUUCUAGGAGACGGGAGCCUCACGGAGAGCUCCACACGCAAACCCCCAAGCUGUCUCUUCGGCUGCUUCCCGCGAUUAUUAUGGACAAUGAGGAGGAUGAUGAUGGGAACUUCACCAAGUGGAUGAGCAGUUACUGGGGGCACGGAGUAGGAGAGGACCACAACAAAGCAAGGAAGAGGAGCUUCACGAGGCACUCGUGCAUCAGAAAUGACCGCCGUGCCUCUUUGCCCUGCAUGUCACAGCUAGAGGCCAUGCAGAAUCAGAUCCAUGCAAAUGUUGGGCCCUCUGUCCACCUAAUGACCCGUGAAGAAAAAGAGAUGCACUCCCACCCUCGGGCCCGCCGUGUGUCUUCAGACGAAAGCCGGACCAAAGUGGUGGGACCUGAGUGUCACAUCCCCACCAUUCCAGAGCUCUCCGAGACCUUGGAGAAGCGGCUACGUUUCCACAACCAGAAAUCGAUAUCAACAGAUGAUACGGACAGUAUAUGUCUUAUUUGCCAUGACGAAUUGAGGAACAGCAGAGGUGGCAUCCGAGAACUUCACUGCGCCCAUCAUUUCCAUAAAGAGAGAAAAUGUCCAGAGCAUGGUGCACGACCACGUAGCAGGAGUUCUGCUGCUGCAUGCGAGCGAGGGAAAGAGGUGCCAUUCUGCCACGCCCAGGAAGAAUACCACUUGCCCCAUCGCCAGCUCUCUUUACGGAGACAACGUUAAUGGAUUCUAGUGAAAUGACUGCUUGAAUACAUAGCACAACAGUAAAUUAGUGAUCAUUCAGUGUAUUCAAUUUGAUUUUGUUUUUAGCUCCACACUUCUACAAAAAGGUUCAACAGUCAUUUCCUUGUAGUUAAAUAUGUUGUACCACUUAACUGUAUAUUUAUUUUUUGAUUGAUCAGAUAAACUCUUCAGACGUCAUUGCACAUUAUGAUUGUUUUUAUUUCCAACUGUACUUUAGAUCAUACCUUGAAACUGUGACUUUCUCAAAGAUGCAUGUUUGCUUA